AAAAUAAAACAAAAAUUUCUCAAAAUUUAUUUAUAUAUAAUUUUUUUGGACCAACAAAAAAAAAAGAAACUAAAUUAAAUUAUAGUCAUGGAGUAUGGAAAUGGUAACGGCACCAACAUGCAAUCGUAUCAGUCGAUGCAGGGCUAUGGCAUGUCCGUUCCCGAUGGCCAGCCCCCAGAGGGCUAUGGCAUGAACUACGAUGGCAUGGGCCAGAUGUCGGGACGCAGCCAGGAGUAUAGCUUUGGCCAGGAGGAGUCGCGUGGCCAAGCCGGCUCUGCUGCCUUCGGUGGACCUGGCUAUCGCAGUCCCCUGCGUUACAACAAAAUGCUCAAGGAGAUGAACUCUCGCAAUGGUCUUUAUUCUCCCAUGGAGCAACAGCGUGGUGGCCAGGGCAGUGGCCAAGGCGACUACGGUUACAACUCUCUGCCAGGUCUGGGCGGUGCCGAGUCCCAGCAGUACCAGCAGUCGCGUGGUAAUGGCAGUUCCUACUACUAAACAGAACAAAAAAAAAAAAAACAAAACAAAAACUGGCGUGCUUUUAUACAAGUCCUUUGGAAAUUGUAUUCGAUAUUUUGGUUAUUGGCAAUUAAAUAAUGCAUUUAAAUAGAA